UGGGGCCCCCGGGCAAUAGAGGAUCAUGGGGCCCCUGUGUCCUUGCCCAAACUCAAAAAAGCCUAUGAAAAAGAAGAACAUAAAGUUUGUUGCCCAUUAUCCAUAUCACUAGUAAAAUUUGCACUACAGCACACACACUCAACCAAAUACCCAGGGGCGGACUGACAACUCAUGGGGCCCCGGGCAAUAGGGGAUCAUGGGGCCCCUGUGUCCUUGCCCGAACUGAAAAAAGCCUAUGAAAAAGGUACCAGGGGUAUCUUAUGGGGCCCCCUACUGACCCCGGGCCCUGGGGCAGUGCCCGAGUUCCAAAUGGUCAGUCCGCUCCUGC